AUGAUUGCGACCGGCGGCCUCUUGCGGAUCAAUGCGCGACGACAGGACUCACUGAGGUCCAAAACACACAAAGCACACACUCACAAGAGGAAGAGCAAGAAGAAGAGCAGGAGUGAGGUGGUGGUGGUGAAGGGGAAGUUGAAGCUGAUUUCGAUCUCGGGUCUCGUGGCGGCGCUCGGCAUCCUGGUUCUGCUGGUCGGCAUGGUCAUGGCGGCUCUGGGCUAUUGGCCUCGAGACGGACUGUUCUUCAGCGCUCGGCCACAAGAGGGUGCCACCAUGGCCUCGGUGUCCUCCGGCAGCUCCACACCUGCCCCUGCUAAGAAUCAGGGUAAAGAGAGGGGGGAGCUGGAAGAAAAUGGAAAUGACAGAGGGGGAGGAGAUGAAGAAAGAGGUGAUGAUACAGAAGGAGGCCGUGAUGGUUUUAACCAGACAGAAUCUGUAAACGGGACGAGGCAGCUUCCACGAGGCUUUCUGGAGGAGUUUCUGGACAGGUAUCUGUACUCUGAUAGGCUGAAGGUCUUCGGUCCUCUCAUCAUGGGCAUUGGGAUUUUCCUCUUCAUCUGCGCGAAUGCCGUCCUGCACGAGAACCGCGACAAGAAGACCAAAGUCAUAAACCUGCGGGACAUUUACUCCACUGUCAUAGACCUCCACAGCCUCCACAAACCCAACACCUCCGCUCGCCGGUCAUCCACCAACCCUCUUAAUGGCCUUGUUAACUACGUGCAAUCAAAGAGCCUGGAGACCAAACCCAGGCCAUACCCUGCAUCCCUGGUGAACAGGAAGGAGGCAGGGGGAGGAGGAGAGGGCGGAGCUGGGCUGUUGUCUCGGCAACUAUUGCCUGGCAGCAGCAGAGAAGGAGGAGGACGCAGUGAUGGAGAAGGAGACACGGUGUUCAGUAUCUACCAGGAGCAGCCAGACGCUCCUCCUACCCCUUCCUUCUCCUCCCACAGGCUCCCCCCCCCCCCCAGCUUAAGCCCCCCCCACCUCUCAACCUGCUGGACCUCCCUGCAAAAGGAGGCGCUCAGCUCCUUCACCCUACCACUGUGCCGGCCACGCCCCCCGGCUCCCCGAAGGAGGCACUCAGCUCGGGCUGGAAUGGGCUGGGGCUGGGGCACAGGAGGAGAUGAGGAGUGCAGGAACGACGGAGGAAGCCACAGACAGGAAGGGGAGGUGUAUGCAUGUCCACCACCUCCUCUGUGCUCGUCCACACCCUCGCCACUCAAACCCUUUCGGGGUUCCUGCAGCUCCUCCAGUCUCCACAGGGAGGCGCCAGGAGGCUCCCAGGCCCUGCUCCUCCUCUCCUCCUCCUCCCUCACCCCCUCCCACCUAUCACUCUCCUCUCUGUCUCACCUCCUGUCCUCCUCGUCCAUGCCGGCUCCCCCCUGCAGGAGGCGAAGCCUGCCGACUGUCAGCAGCGUGGCGGGUUACAGUAAACUGACGCACGGCGAGGACGAAUCGUUUGAGUCAACUGAGAUUACAUCAUCAACUCAUGUAACAUCGCAGCAUGAGGAAGUGACAUCACACAGGAAGUACUCAAACAGGGAGAAGCUGAGAAUGAUCUCCCGGGUGAAUUCUGGUCUAAGGCAGGAGGACGAGACGGAGGGCUGA